AUGUCAGAUAUCACAUACAGACCUGAGCAGUGUUCUCGAGAGCGUCCCACUUGCCAAGCUUGUCAUAAGCGAUCCGUCCCGUGUGAGGGAUACGAUGAUCAGCCCCGAUCGAACCACCCGGUGGCCCAUUCAAGACAAACUUUGCCACGCCAAGUUACACUGGGCCAUGCGGUGGAGAUCGUGACACAGUUUCUGCAGAUCUUGAUGCCCGCCCACAAUCUGAUCCGGGGCACGGUGUCUGACUGGUUCACUAAUUUGCCUGUGUAUAUGGGCGACAGUGCCAUGUUUGAUGCUGCAGCCGAGGCAUACGGCAUGGUGUAUCUCGGUGCCAAAGAGGGGAACAUCUUAUGGAUCGAGAACAGCCUGAUGCGGUAUACACAAGUGUUGAAGAUGGUCUGUACAAUGAAUAGGCGUUUGAGCCCAAGACAAGAGGAUGAGCUGCUCCGUACAGCCAUGACGAUGGGCUUCUACGAGUUCUUGAAUCCUUCGAAUGGCCCUUCUGCGUGGCCAAUCCACGUCCAGGUGGCCAGGCGAGUAUUGGAGGGCCGAGGUCCUCCAACAGCAGAAAGACCUCUACAGCUGAGCCUAUAUCGCCCAUUGCGGUUGUUUAUCUGGGCGGAAGCAUGUAUACUACGACGGCAACGAUUAUUCCUCAACGAGCCAAAGUGGCAUUUGGCACCUUCUACAGGCGAGCUUUUUGACGAAAUCCGCGAUAUUCUGUUCGCACUGCCUGGGGUAUUGGAACACUGCGAUAAUGUCUAUGCCAUGACCAGCAUCACACCAAACACGGUCCGAACCCUAGAAGAUCUGUUUCGCGAAUCCAAAGACCUAGAAGCACGGCUGCUGGACUGGUAUUCUCGACUGCAGGCAGCCAAGGAUCCUCUCUAUUUGAUACACGAAACAGCAGCCAACAGCCCAUUGCGCGAGGGAGACCCCCGACUGUGCUCACUAUUCCCCGGGAUGGUGGAUUUCCCCACUGAAUCGGUCAUGGAGAUGCUCUUGGUUUACUGGUUUGGCAGUCUGAUGCUGUACACCAACAUGAUCAACGUGUAUGAGAAGAUGGAAUAUCUCAAGACGACUCGAAUUCAUGAAAACAAUGACGAUGAAAACAUUGCUUUUGUCUUUUCUGAAGAACCUCCAAUAGAGGUAUUCGAUGGGAUGGAGCAAGUUGCAGCGUGGCAUGCCCGGUUGACAUGCCAAGCGGUUAGUGUCUGCCUGGAACCUAGACGAGGAGUUUUGAGUCUGCAGAUGCUGUUGAGUCCAUUAUGGGCAGCAAAAGACUAUUAUCGGACGAGGAACAAGGAAUGCUAUGAGUGGUGUAAUCAAGUGUUUGUGCAGAUCUCGCAGAAGGGAUAUGGGUUUGGACAAGUGGCAGCAAACAUGCCUCCAGGGAAAAAUAGAAGGGCACCAUGAAGAUCAUUCGACUGUAUAUAUAAAUAUAAUCGUAAUUAUCCUAAUCCACGG